CUAAAAUUUCAAUAAUUCACAUCUCCCAGCCCUACUUAUAUAUAAACUCAGUUCCAUGAAUCCCAAGCUUUAUGUAGAAUAUAAAGUUAAGGGAUCUGAUCGGAUCGGAUCGAGAAAAUUCUCAACUUUUUUGCAUGAGAAAUGGCAACCGCCGUGGCUGCUGACACUUUUGCAGAAACAGCAGCUCAGACUAAAAGAGAGAAUAAUGAUGAAAAGAGCAUUCCAGAAGAAGUUGAGAUAGUGUUGGAAAAACUACUCACAGAGGAAAACAAGAAAGUUGAAAUAAUAAACAAUCCUCAUGAAGAAGCUGAUGAGGAACCAUCAAAAGUGUUGGACAAAGAUGAUGAUGAUGGAGGCAUACUCAAAGGAGAAAGUGAGGGGAAAACAUCCACUCAUUCAGAAGACACCAAUGAUGGGACAACUCUACAAGAUAAGAAAAGCGAUACUAAUGAAAAGACUUUGUCAGAAGAAGUUGAGAGAGGGUUGGACAAACUACUGGCCACAGAGGAAAACAAUCCUCAGGAAGGUUGUGAUGGAACAGUUGAGGGUGAAAAGAUGGCUGAAUUAUCGUCAACUCACAAGGCUAUUACUGAAGAGAAUUACAGUUCAGCAGAAUACAUUGGGAAACCAUGCAGCAAAACGGAAAAAGAAAUUCAAGAAAAUUUGUUCUCAGAAGGAAAGGACAGCGACGGUAAAGACUUUGGGAUUGUAUUGAAUAAUAAGGGCAUUCCACCAUAUGUGUCACAAGGAGAAAGUGAGGAGAAAACAUCUCAUUCAGAAGACACCAAUGAGGGGACAACUCUAAAAGAAAGGCAGGUGCAUGAAGAAACGGGAACCUUGACAGACAUAGUAGGAGGCACAAGUGAAAAUAGAAGAGAGAAUGAUGAAAUGCAGCCAGUUGAACCUGAGGCAGUGUUGGAUAAACAAGCCCCACAAGAAACCAACACGGAUGAUACUGACAAUCCUCGUGAAUUCUUGAAAAACAAUGAGGAUGGUAAUGAUGGAACAGUUGAGGUUGAAAAGGCAGUUGAAUUACUCUCAGUUGCAAAGGCUAUUGAAGAACCUAACAGUUCACCAGAACCCAUUGAAAAUCCAAUCAACACAGAAGAUGAAAUGCUGCCGAUUGAACCUGGGGUAGUGUUGGAUAAACAAGCCCCAGAAGAAACAAACACCGUUGAGAUUGACAAUCCUCAUGAAUCAUUGAAAAACAAUGAGGAUGGUAAUGAUAGAACAAUUGAGGUUGAAAAGGCGGUUGAAUUACCCUCAGUUGCAAAGGCUAUUGAAGAACCUAACAGUUCAGCAGAACCCAUUGAAAAACCAAUCAACACAGAAGAUGAAAUACUGUCGGUUCAACCUGAGGUAGUAUUGGAUAAACAAGCCCUAGAGGAAACCAACAAGGUUGAGAUUGACAAUCCUUGUGAAUCCUUGAAAAACAAUGAGGAUGGUAAUGGUGGAACAGUUGAGGUUGAAAAGGUGGUUGACUUAGAGGAAACCAACUUAGAUGAGGCAGUACUAGUAAUUCCAAAGCCGCUUGCAGAUUCUGCUCAAGUCUCUGAAACAGUUUUAAAGGUGGACAUAAACACAAAUGACAAUGAUGACAACCACCCGUCCAAAAUUUUAGAAAAGGAUAUGGUUGAUGGUAGUCUUCCUCAAGAAAACCCCAAGGAGAAACUCAGUGACAUGAUCACAGAACAUGAGAAGCCGGCUUCUAUGGAAGCACCAAGAGGGCUACCUACAGAUGACAAUGUAACUGCCACAGUAUGUGAAGGCACCAGUGAAGUGAAACAGCAGUGUACAGCUGAAAUGUCCAAAGACGAUGCAGACUCAAAAAAUACCACUUGUGAAAAUAAUGCAGAAAUUAGUCUGUAUGUUGUUCAUGAGGAGAUUGAAAGGUCAGGUUUACAACAAAAUACUGAACUAACCUUCAGGAAAGAGCUUAUUUUAGACAAAAUUGAUGAUGUGAUACUCAAAGGAGAAAGUGGCGAUGAAUUCUCUCAUUCAGAAAACAUCAAUGAUGGAAUAGCUCUAUAUGAGAAGCAGCUGCAUGAAGAAAUGGAUAACAUAGCUGAUAUAGAAGAAGGCACGAGUGAAACUCACCUGCAUGAAGAAAUGGGAACCUUGACAGACAUAGUAGGAGGCAUAAGUGAAAAUCAAAGAGAGAAUGAUGAAAUGCAACCACUUGAACCUGAGGUAGUGUUGGAUAAACAAGCCCAAGAGGAAACCAACAUUGUUGAGAUUGACAAUCCUUGUGAAUCAUUGAAAACCAAUGAGGAUGGUAACGGUGGAACAGUUGAGGUUGAAAAGGCGGUUGAAUUACCCUCAGUUGCAAAGGUUAUUGAAGAACCUAACAGUUCAGCAGAACCAAUUGAAAAUCCAAUCAACACAGAAGAUGAAGUAUUACCAGUUGAACAUAAGGUAGUGUUGGAUAUACAAGACCCAAAGGAAAAUGACAGGGUUGAGAUUGACAAUCCUCGUGAAUCCUUGAAAAACAAUGAGGAUGGAAAUGAUGGAACAGUUGAGGUUGAAAAGGCGGUUGAAUUACCCUCAGUUGCAAAUGCUAUUGAAGAACCUAACAGUUCACUAGAACCCAUUGAAAAACCAAUCAACACAGAAGAUGAAAUGCUGCCGGUUGAACCUGAGCUAGUAUUGGAUAAACAAGCCCCAGAAGAAACAAACACCGUUGAGAUUGACAAUCUUCAUGAGUCCUUGAAAAACAACGAGGAUGGUAAUGAUGGAAUAGUUGAGGUUGAAAAGGCAGUUGAAUCACACUUAGUUAAAAAGGUUAUUGAAGAACCUAACAGUUCACCAGGAGAAAGUGAGGAUAAAUUCUGUCAUUCAGAAAACAUCAAUGAUGGGAUAGCUCUACAUGAAAAGCUGCAUGAAGAAAUGGCUACAAUAACGGAUCUAGAAGAAGGCACAAGUGAAACUAAAAGAGAGAAUGAUGAAAUGCAGCCAGUUGAACCUGAGGUAUUGUUGGAUAAACAAGCCCAAGAGGAAACCAACAUUGUUGAGAUUGACAAUCCUUGUGAAUCAUUGAAAAACAAUGAGGAUGGUAAUGACGGAACAGCUGAGGUUGAAAUGGCAGUUGAAUUACCCUCAGUUGCAAAGGCUAUUGAAGAAAUUAACAGUUCACCAAAACCCAUUGAAAAUCCAACCAACACAGAAGAUGAAAUACUGCCAGUUCAACCAGGGGUAGUAUUGGAUAAACAAGCCCCAGAGGAAACCAACAAGGUUGAGAUUGACAAUCCUUGUGAAUCCUUGAAAAACAAUGAGGAUGGUAAUGAUGGAACAGUUGAGGUUGAAAAGGUUGUUGACUCAGUUGCAAAGGCAAUUGAAGAACCUAACAGUUCAGAAGAACCCAUUGAAAAAGCAAUCAACACAGAAGAUGAAAAGCAACCAGUAGAAACUGAGAUAAUGUUGGAUAAACAAGCCCAAGAAGAAACAAACACCGUUGAGAUUGACAAUCCUCGUGAAUCCUUGAAACACAAUGAGGAUUGUAAUGAUGGAGCAGUUGAGGUUGAAAAGGCAGUUGAAUUACCCUCAGUUGCAAAGGCUAUUGAAGAACCCAACAGUUCAGUAGAACCCAUUGAAAAACCAAUCAACACAGAAGAUGAAAUGCUGCCAAUUGAACCAAAGGUAGUGUUGGAUAAACAAGCCCUAGAGGAAAAGAACACGGUUGAGAUAGACAAUCCUCGUGAAUUCUUGGAAAAAAAUGAGGACAAUAAUGAUGGAACAGUUAAGGUUGAAAAGGACGUUGAUUCACCCUCAGCUGCAAAGGCUAUUGAAGAACCUAACAAUUCACCAGGAGAAAGUGAAGAUAAAUUCUCUCAUUCAGAAAACAUCAAUGAUGGGAUAGCUCUACAUGAAAAUCAGCUGCAUGAAGAAAUGGCUACCAUAGCAAAUAUAGCAGAAGGCACAAGUGAAACUCAGCUGCAUGAAAAAAUGGGAACCUUAACAGACAUAGUAGGAGGUAUAAGUGAAAAUAAAAGAGAGAAUGAUGAAAUGCAGCCAGUUGAACCUGAGGUAUUGUUGGAUAAACAAGCCCAAGAGGAAACCAACAUUGUUGAGAUUGACAAUCCUUGUGAAUCAUUGAAAAACAAUGAGGAUGGUAAUGACGGAACAGCUGAGGUUGAAAUGGCAGUUGAAUUACCCUCAAUUGCAAAGGCUAUUGAAGAAAUUAACAGUUCACCAAAACCCAUUGAAAAUCCAACCAACACAGAAGAUGAAAUACUGCCAGUUCAACCAGGGGUAGUAUUGGAUAAACAAGCCCCAGAGGAAACCAACAAGGUUGAGAUUGACAAUCCUUGUGAAUCCUUGAAAAACAAUGAGGAUGGUAAUGAUGGAACAGUUGAGGUUGAAAAGGUUGUUGACUCAGUUGCAAAGGCAAUUGAAGAACCUAACAGUUCAGAAGAACCCAUUGAAAAAGCAAUCAACACAGAAGAUGAAAAGCAACCAGUAGAAACUGAGAUAAUGUUGGAUAAACAAGCCCAAGAAGAAACAAACACCGUUGAGAUUGACAAUCCUCGUGAAUCCUUGAAACACAAUGAGGAUUGUAAUGAUGGAGCAGUUGAGGUUGAAAAGGCAGUUGAAUUACCCUCAGUUGCAAAGGCUAUUGAAGAACCCAACAGUUCAGUAGAACCCAUUGAAAAACCAAUCAACACAGAAGAUGAAAUGCUGCCAAUUGAACCAAAGGUAGUGUUGGAUAAACAAGCCCUAGAGGAAAAGAACACGGUUGAGAUAGACAAUCCUCGUGAAUUCUUGGAAAAAAAUGAGGACAAUAAUGAUGGAACAGUUAAGGUUGAAAAGGACGUUGAUUCACCCUCAGCUGCAAAGGCUAUUGAAGAACCUAACAAUUCACCAGGAGAAAGUGAAGAUAAAUUCUCUCAUUCAGAAAACAUCAAUGAUGGGAUAGCUCUACAUGAAAAUCAGCUGCAUGAAGAAAUGGCUACCAUAGCAAAUAUAGCAGAAGGCACAAGUGAAACUGUAAGCAACUUCUCCUCUAAACUUAUUUUCAUUAAAAGAGAGAGUGAUGAUAAAACUUUGCCAGUUGAAGCCGAGGUGGUGUUUAAUAAACUUGUCCCAGAAGAAAAGACAGUUGAGUUUGACAACCCUCAUGAAUUCUUGAAACGCGAUGAAGGCAGUAAUGAAACAGUUGGGUGUGAAAAUGUGAUUGAAUUACCCUCGAUUUCCAAGGCUAUUGUUGAAGAACAUAACGGGUCUCAAGAACCCAUUGGAAAACCAAGCAAGACAGGAGAUGAAAUGCCUGAAAAGUUGCUCUCCAAAGGAGAGAACAGUGAUGGUCAAGACAUGGGAAUUAUAUUGAAUAGGGGGAUUCCACUAAAUGAAACCCAACAAGAAGCCGAAGAAGUGUCAAAUGAGUUAGAUAAAGAUGAUGACAAAGGCAAGGCACCAGAGGAAAUUUCAGUUCAGGCUGAUUUGACAGAAAAUUUGAAAGAUAGUGAGGAAUCAGGAGAAGCCUGUAAAGAGCAAGGCAAGCCUUUCAUUCCAGAGGGUAAGAACAUGGAUUCUAUGGUAGUGGAAUCAAGUGACGAUAAGGAGGAUGAGAGGGUAGAGAAAGAGGAAUGUUUCCCUCAAAUAACAUGCAGUGACAUGGAAACAGAAAGUGCUCAUGGGGUUGAUGAUUUGUUAAGCAGCCAAUUGGUUGCUUCUGAAAUCAAAAAGACCACCUUAGAUGAAGCUUCACCACCAAGCGAAGUCUUUACAGCAGAUCUACAAGGGGAGAUAAACACGAGUGACAAUGAUUAUAGUAACCAGUCUAAAAUUUUAGAACAGGAUACUACAGUUGAUGGUAACCUGAGUACAGCUUGUAAAGCUCAAGAAAACCCUGAGAAAACACUCAGUGACUUGAUCACAAAACAUGAGGGAAAUUUGCCAAAAGAAAGUGAGGGGCCUGUUUCUACAGAAGCAUCAAGAGGGCUACAUACAGAUGAGAAUGAAACCACUGCAGUAUGUGAAGUCACAAGUCAAAUGAAACAGCAUGGCACAGCUGAAACGGUCAAAGAUGAUGCAGACUCAAAAAAUUCCAUUUGUCAAAAUGGAGCAGAAAAGAAUCUUAAUGCAGCACAAGAGGAGAUUGAAGGGUCAUGUCUACAACAAAAUACUGAACCAACAACCUUCAGCAAGGAGCUUAUUUCAGAACAAAACAAUGAAGGCAUACUCGAAGGAGAAGGUGAGGAUAAAGCAUCUCAUUCACAAAUCACAGAUGAAGGGAUAACUCUACAGGAAAAGCAGCUGCAUGAAGAAGUGGCAACCAUAGCAGAUAUAGCAGAAGGCACAAGUGAAACUAAAAAAGAGAAUGAUGAAAAAACAUUGCCAGAUGAACAUGAGGUUAUGUUGGAUAAGCUUGCCCCAGAUGAAAGCAAAAAGGUUGAGAUUGGCAAUCCUCCUGAAAUCUCGAAAAGCAGUGAGGAAGGUAGUGAUGGAACAGUUGAGUGUGAAAAGAUGAUUGAAUUACCCUCAGUUGCCAAGGAUACUAUUGAAGAAAAUAACAGGUCUACAGAACCCACUGACAACCCAAGCAAUACAGAAGAUGAACUGUCGGGAAAAUUAUUCUCAGAAGGAGAGAACAGAGAAUCUCAACCAGAAGCUGAAGAACCAUCAAAAGCAUUAGAAACAGAUGAUGAUGAAGGCAUGCCACCAGAAAAAACCUUUGUUCAGGCUGAUGCAGUAAUAAAUUGUCCAGCUGAUUUUACAGAGUAUUUGAAAGAAGAUAGUGAGAAAUCAGGAGAAGUUUGUAAUGAAAAUGACAACACACAGUGUAUCCUGGCUACUAAGACAAGUUUUCCCAAUGAUGAUUCCAACGAAACAAACGCCCAGGGAAUAGCAGAUAAAGAACAAGACAAGGAUUUCAUUCCAGAGGGUGAGAAUAUGGAUUCUUUGGUAGUGGAGUCACAUGAUGACAAGGAAGAUGGUAAGGUGAAAAAGGAAGAAAGCUUGGCUGAAACUUGCAAAAUUCCUCUUAUGGAAAUACAGAGUCAAAGUAGUGAUAGCCAGGAUGCUCACAAUGUGAUAGGCAGCCCCUUAAGCACUUCACCAAUAGAAGAGACUAGCUCAGAAAAAGUUGGAUCCAGUGAGGUGGAGCCUGAAUCAACCAAAGCGAGUUCUGAUACAAUGGAAGAUGAAUUUGUUAAACAUGAUGAGGUGGAAACAGAAACCAUUCAGGGAGUUAAUGAUUUGCUUGGAAGCCAAUUGGUUUCUCCUGAAAUCGAAGAGACUGGCUCCGGUGAGGGUACAUCAGUAAGUGAAACGAUUGCUGACCCUGCACCAUUAAUAGAAGUCCAUGGAACAGUUUUAAAGGAUGGUGUACACAUGGAUGAAAAUAAAGAAGAUCACCAAUGCAAGAUUAUAGAAAAGGAUAACAUAGUUGAUGACUCUGUUACAGUGCAAGAGGAAAAUAUAACAAGAGCAGGUGAGGAGCAGGCUUCUGAAGAAGAAUUGAGAGGGUUACAUAGAGAUGAAAAUGAAACUGUUGUUGUGCAUGAUGUCAUCAGUGAAGUGGAACAGCAAGACACAAUUGAACUGUCAAAAGAUGAUGUGGAUUCAGAAGAUUCCUUGUUCAAAUAUGAAUCAGAAAAAGAGAACUUGCAUGCACCUUGUGAGGAGACUGAAAAGGCAGCUUUACCUCAAAAUGCUGAUCAAACAGCUUCAAAUGAGGAACUUAUUUCAGUAAAAGAUGAUGAAGUACUCAGAGGAGAAAGUGAGGAUAAAGCAGCCCAUUCAGAUAAUAACGGAGAGACAAACCCACAGGAAACGAAUAUGUUAACCGUUGAUUUGGAUGAAGCAAAGAGUAUUCAGGGCAAUGAAAACAGUGAAUGGGCCAACGAUUCAACGGUUGAUGAAAAACCCGAGCAACAAAUCUAUACAGCAACUGAUAUGCCUACACAAGAGCUAAAGUAUGCAUAUGAGACAAACAAAAUUCCUGAAAUCGAAGUUUUAGGUGAUACAUCUGCGCAAGGGCAGUCAGACUUGGACCUGAUAUCAGCAUGUCCAGCUGAUAUUCAUGUAGCUGAAGACACAGGUGAGAACAGUAAUGAGAUGUGCCUUGAAGAAGUAGCUGACAUGAAAAAUCAAGAGGAUCAGAUCAAACAGGAUGGUUCUCAGAGAGCAGCAUCUGAAGUAAGAGGAAACUUGAGCAAAGGAAUAGAAAAUGAGAUUAGCAAAGACUGUGUUUGCUCUAACACCAUAAUAGACAAAGAGGAAAGUUUAAACAGCAGAAUCCCAAGAGGCAAUGAAGAAGAAGCUAAGGAAUCAAAAGAAGAGAUUAAGGAACCAGUCAAAGAGGCCAACUACCACAACUUUCAGACUACACAUGCUGACACAGAAGAGCAAGUAAUAUGUGUUUUGACCAAUGCUCAAAAUACUAUGCAGUCAGAAGAGAAAAUGCUUCCAAAAGAAAAGGAUUGUCAUGUUCAAAACUUCUCAUUGCUCAAGACAUCUGAGGAAAAUGAAGAUCAAAUCUCAGAAACAGCAGAACCACUUAUGGCAGCAACUCGGGAAAUGGAAACAGAACUUGUUGAAGUGCAAGGAAAAAUAGCUCCAGUCAGUAGUGGUCUGACUUCUGAGAAAGAUGUAGUUACUGGAAAUGAAAUUGAGGUGGACACAGAUGAAACAGAUACAGUACCUAAUCAGGAAAAUGACUCCAGCUUGAAUAGGAAAGUGAAUAUAGAAACUGUGGCUGCAGGGGAAGAUACGGAUACCAGAGAAAUGAGCUUGCAUGAAGAGCAGAUUGAAGCAUGUUUGUCUAUAACUGAUGAUAAAGUUGCAAGCUCACUGGAGGAAGAAAACCCCAUAACAAAAAUAGUUAAUGAGACUACCAUUGCUGAAACUUCUUCACCACUUGGGACAAGGGAAGGUAUGGUGACCAAGGACAUUUUACUUGAAGAAGAACAGCAUUCUGUGAUAAAUUCUGAAGGAUGGUCAGAGAAGUCUGACCAUAUUAUUGAAUCUGCAUCAGAAGUUCACAAGCUGGAAAUGCCACUAGAAGCAGAAAAGAUUGGCUUUGUGGAAGAAAACCUGGCAGAAACAGAGACUGGGGAAAUCGUGAUCAAGGAAACAAAUGAAGAAAAUGAUAUCAUAAAAGCAGAUAUUUCAAGUGAGCAGACCCAGAUUGCUGAUCAAUCAGUGAUUGUAAAGUCUUCUCUGGAUUACCCUGAAGAAGUCCUAAGCCUAGAUGCCUACCGAGAAGUUGAACUGAAGCCAGAAGAAAAUGAGUUGGAGAGAUUAGGGGAAAAUGAAAGCAUAAAGGAGGAAGCCAGCAGUGACAACAAAGCAGAAGCUGAAGAAAAUGCUAUCAAGAGCCUUACACAGGAGCAUGGAGAAACGGCCAUGGAAAUGGGUAAAGAUGGAGAAACCGAAGUUCAACAAAAGAACCUUGAUUUCUCAUUCAACAUCAAAGAUUCAGCAGUGGAGAACUCAUCAACAGAGACAGAACAAAAAGAUGUCAAAGAUAACAUUGACAUCAUUGAGAGUGCACAAGAGCAUGUGCCAGGUCAUCCAUAUGAACUACAAAAUGAUGAAGCAGAUCCAGCAAAGAUCCAGAAUGACAACAGUACUGACUCUGAAGAGAAAGGAUCCAAGAAUGAAGCAACGGAAGCUGCUUCCAAUGAAGCAGCAGGUUUAGAAUGUGGAGUAGAUGCGAAAACAGAAGUGGAAGUCAAUAAAGAAACAGACAGAUCCCAGACAAUGGAAUCAUCAACCCUUUCAGAUUCCAAUCUCGUGCUAGGAUCAAUAGAUGAGUCCUCACAAGUGACAGAACAUGAAGAUACUAAAAGCCAAACUGAGAAGCUUUGUGAUUUUACCCACAAGGAUUCAGAAAUGACACAACCAAGGGAUUUUCCUUCUGAUUUUACAGAGAUAAAAAAUUACAUUGAUGACAAACUAGCACAACAUGAAAGUAAGGUUGCUGUAUUGGAUACAGAGUUUCCAGCAGAAGCAUAUCCACAUGAAAACACAGAGGUCAGGACUUCAAGUGAGGGCAAUGAUUCACAAGAAAUGCAACAGAACUCAAAAGCAGCAACUACCCAUAAUGAUUUAGAGGAGAUGAAGCCUGAGAAUGCUGGAGAGACAAAGGACAAUUUUGAAGGGCUAGUUUUCCAAGAAGAGAAAAGAACGGUUGACCAUUCCAGAGAAAAAUUGGGUGAUACUUCUCUUACACAAUCAACCAUCCUGCAGGAAUCCAUAGAACAGAUACUGAAACCAAAACAAUCUGAAGAUAAUGAAGCUGAAAAUGAGGAGCAGAUCAAAAGCAUGCAAGAAGAAGAUGAGACUAAAAAUAUGGAAACUGCUUAUCCUAAUGAUAUUGUUCAAAGCAUGCAAGAGAAAGAAACAAAUAACAACAUAAAUGCAUCACAGCUGCCUAAGGAAGAAACAAAAGAAAGGCGCACGGCCACAGAGGCAGGUGAUGAAGCUUCUUCCAUGGCGGGCCUUCCAGGUGCUUCUUUGAAUGAAAGGGAGGUCAUUUUGUACAAGGAGGAAGAUGAGGCAAGUAAAGUGGAAACAGAAGAACAUGAGGAAGAGGAAGAGGAAGGAGGAGAACACAAGGGAGAAGAUUCGGGACCUGAAGCUCCGGUGAUUGUAGAGAACGCCGCCGCCGCCGGAGAUGCUGACGUAAAAGCCGGUAAGAAGAAACAUCAUAACAUUCUGUCCGGAGUUGGAUCGAAAGUGAAGCAUUCAAUUGCAAAAGUGAAGAAAGUCAUCACUGGUAAGUCUUCUCCAACAAAGCAACAAUCGCCUAAAUAGAACUACUUGAAGAAGAAGAAGAAGAAGAAGAAAUUGGGUUGGAUAAAACUGAGUUUGUGUGAAGUAGAAGUAUUAUAGUUUAAUUGUUUAUAAAGAAUUUGUUACUACAGUUUGUUAAUUUGUGUAUUAUACGGUUUUUGUUUCACAGCCCUUGAAACCAUUCCAAGGAUUUCAAAAUGGAUUAAAGGGCUGAUGGUUUUUUCAGAAACAAAAAUUAGGGUGAUUUUUUUGGACUGAUGGGAGUGAGUUGGGAGAUGAAGUUUUUUUGUUGAUUGUUUAUCUUGUAAAUUAAUUUUUUUGGGGACUCAUUCAAUGAUAAUAAAAAUAUAAAAGGUUGUG